ACAUACAACUUCUAAAUAUAAAUCUCUGGCACAUCUCUUCUUUUGCAAUUACAGUAAAAUAAGGUACCAGUUUCCCUCCGGGCUCCUCCUCACAGCAAGCUGCUCCCCGGGUUCGCUAGUGGCUGCUCCUCCAGGCAGCACAGGGCCAGCGUGGAGUUGGAGCUUUCUGAAGUAGCCAGUAAAUCAGAACGCCUCCGCUAGGUGCAGAGCGCGGUGGCAGCGGGCCACUCUGCCAGUGCGGUAGUCGGUGGGACCGAACUCCACACUCGGGAAGGGGUAGUCUGCGGGUGCGGGGCCUGAGCUGCCGCUCGCCUCGGUUGGCCAGGAGACCGGCAGCCCCACUGCAGGUCCUGGUCCCUGACAUUCCCUGGCACCGAGGGCUGGGAUCAGAGAUUCCCAGCUGCACUCACUGAACAGUGAUUUUUUUUUUUUUCUUUCCCCUCCCUGAAUUCUUUAGCUGCCAAAAGGGGGGGAAAAAUCAAGAGCUGCGCUUUUAAACGAAGUUGCCCUUGCUGGUGUUCAGGGUAAAAAUAGAGGCGGCCGCUUGGACCAGCUUGGCCCCUGAGUCCAGGCGUCCCGCGAGCCGGGCUGGAGCUGCGCAUUCGGGAGUGAUCCCUGGAAACUGCCAGCAGGUGCUGCUCAAGUGCCAAUACCAUGAAGAGGAAUUCAGACAGCUCUGACCUCAUGAGACAAGAGCCGGCUGACAAAGCAGAAGGGACCCAAAAGAGAAUUUGCUGAAGAGGAGAAGGAAAAAAAAAAGUCCAAAAAAACCUGUGCGUGAGGGGUGGGGAGGAAAAGCAGGGCCUUUAAAGAAGGCAACCACACGACUUUUGCUGCCAGGAUGCCCUUGCUUUGGCUGAGAGGAUUUCUGUUGGCAAGUUGCUGGAUUAUAGUAAGGAGUUCCCCCACCCCAGGAUCCGAGGGGCACGGCUCAGCCCCGGACUGCCCGUCCUGUGCGCUGGCCACCCUUCCGAAGGAUGGACCUAACUCUCAGCCAGAGAUGGUAGAGGCUGUCAAGAAGCACAUCUUAAACAUGCUGCACUUGAAGAAGAGACCCGAUGUCACCCAGCCGGUGCCCAAGGCGGCGCUUCUCAACGCGAUCAGAAAGCUUCAUGUGGGUAAAGUGGGGGAGAACGGGUAUGUGGAGAUAGAGGACGACAUUGGCAGGAGGGCCGAAAUGAAUGAACUCAUGGAGCAGACCUCGGAGAUCAUCACCUUUGCCGAGUCAGGCACAGCCAGGAAGACACUGCACUUUGAGAUUUCCAAGGAAGGCAGUGACCUGUCAGUAGUGGAGCGUGCAGAAGUGUGGCUCUUCCUAAAAGUCCCCAAGGCCAACAGAACCAGGACCAAAGUCACCAUCCGUCUAUUUCAGCAGCAGAAGCACCCACAGGGCAGCUUGGACACGGGGGAUGAGGCCGAGGAAAUGGGCUUAAAGGGGGAGAGGAGUGAACUGUUGCUAUCAGAGAAAGUAGUUGAUGCUCGGAAGAGUACCUGGCACAUCUUUCCAGUGUCCAGCAGCAUCCAGCGCCUGCUGGACCAGGGAAAGAGUUCCCUGGAUGUGCGGAUUGCUUGUGAGCAGUGCCAGGAGAGUGGUGCCAGUCUAGUGCUUCUGGGCAAGAAGAAGAAGAAAGAGGUGGAUGGAGAUGGAAAGAAGAAAGAUGGAAGUGACGGAGGGCUGGAAGAAGAAAAGGAACAGUCACACAGACCUUUCCUCAUGCUGCAGGCUAGGCAAUCUGAAGACCAUCCUCAUCGCAGGCGUAGGCGGGGCUUGGAGUGCGAUGGCAAGGUCAACAUUUGCUGUAAGAAACAGUUCUUUGUCAGCUUCAAGGACAUUGGCUGGAAUGACUGGAUCAUUGCUCCUUCUGGCUAUCAUGCCAACUAUUGUGAGGGGGAGUGCCCAAGCCACAUAGCAGGCACCUCUGGGUCCUCACUCUCUUUCCAUUCAACAGUCAUUAACCACUACCGCAUGAGGGGUCACAGUCCCUUUGCCAACCUUAAGUCAUGCUGUGUGCCCACCAAGCUGAGACCCAUGUCCAUGCUGUAUUACGAUGAUGGUCAAAACAUCAUCAAAAAGGACAUUCAGAAUAUGAUUGUGGAGGAGUGUGGCUGCUCCUAGAGUCGCCAGGUUCCAGAGAAAAUGGAUCUAGAGAGUCCAGAGAAGACAGUGGCAAAAUGAAGAAAAAAAUAUAAGAUUUCUGAACUAAACAAAACAACCAGAAAAAUAGAAAU